UCCAACGGGCGUAGAGGUAUCCCUACAAAAGAUACUUCGAAGAAGAUUUCGAAAAAGUCACGAAAAAGGAAAGAGAAUGAAGUUAUCGCUUUUGACAAUAACGCUAUUCUCUCUCACUCGUGGGGAUAUUUGGCCACAUCAAGAAAUAAAAAAUGUUAAUCAAAAUGCACGAAAUAUUUUAGACGAGCAUAUAGUGGAAAAUUCAUCGUUUCGAUCGAAUUCUCCGAUUUUGUCAACGUCGAUACUUCCACCUUUAAGAAAAGAUCCUAUUCCCUGGACAGACUUUUUAAUGAGUAAUGAUGGACCUUCGAAAAAAUCUUCAUCGAUCGUAAUUUAUCCUACAGAAGCAACUCUUUCUAAUCAAAACGACAUGAUCGAGCCGAUCGUUCUAAAUACGAUUCCUCCAGUCACGACAACUUUUGCUUCACCUUCUGGGAUAGUUUCUCUAGAGACAAGGACAACCGAGUUCGAAUCACUAAUCAGUCCAGUAACGAUAACGGGAGCUACCGAUGGAAAUGCAAAUAUCGUUGCGAUCGAAAGCAACGAUGAAAUUGCAUCAGACGAUACAUCGAAGAAACUAUUCCUAUGCGGAUCUCUCCGCAACGAGUUGAUCGUGAGCAGACCUGGAAGUGGCUCGGUGUUUAUCAAAGGUGCUUCGAGAGUUGCCAUAAUCGAUGAUGCUCAAAAUUCUGUGAUCGUCUGUCAGCCAAGUACGAAUUUGAGCCCACCACUGGAUCCGGAAGAAAGACUAGGAACGCACGGAAUGGAUUUCGAUCAGAAAUCAUCAACCCUACCACCGACCGUUCUUUUUCCCGAAACACCUAAAAAUCGUGCACCUAUCGAACGAUCCUCGACGACCGUAUUAAAAGAUUAUCUAGUACCACCGUAUACCUAUUUGAAAAGAUAAAAAAUUUGCAAACAUGUUUUGCAAGUUUCUAUUAGGAAAAAUAAUUCAAUCUAUCGAACGUUAAUAGUCUCCUUAUCGUCUGCUAUCGUACGGCAAUAAAACGAACUCGUUAUUCCAUCAAUCGUUGAUUAAUAAUUUGUACGUCGACCUUUCCAUAAGGGAUUCGAUCGAACAUAAACGUUAAUCAAGCAAUAAAA